GUAAACCGAAACUAAAACAUAUUGUGUGCAGAAAAACAAUGGCGAGUACUGGACAGACAUCGACGACUGUCAAUUGUCCUGUUUGUGGAACUAGCCACGUACCAGUAUCUAGCUGUGCGAACGGUGUUCAGGCGGCGACAUGUGUAAGCUGCGGACACUUCUUCAAGUUCCGUGCGGUCGAACCUCUGAAGUCAACCAUCACCCUCACUGUGAACGGGAAGCAGUACACAGUCGGUAACGAGUACGGACCCAGCUCUGCCCUGAACGGUUUCCUCCGCGACCAGAGGAUCUCUGUCGGAACGAAACACAUGUGUUACCAGGGCGGUUGUGGGACCUGCUUGGUCGAGGCCAAACUGUUUGAACCACUCAGCGAGAACAGUCUAAGCUACGCCGUCAACUCGUGUCUGGUACCCCUCUACUCGUGCGAUGGCUGGGAGAUACGAACAGUGGACUAUAUUGGCAAUCUGAAGAAGGGCCUCCAUCCCAUUCAAACCCAGAUAGCCAACUAUAACGGCUCCCAGUGUGGCUAUUGUACGCCUGGGCAGGUCAUGAACAUGUUCGCACUGACUGAGUUCUACGGUGAUACUCUAACAAAGAAGCAGGUCGAGGAUUCCUUUGACGGAGUCAUCUGUCGAUGCACAGGGUACAGACCUAUUCUAGCUGCCUUCAAGAACAUGGCCAAAGGGAGGAGUAAAUGCAGUUCUUCUACAGUUGGUGAUAUUGAGGACUUUAAGACAAAGGUAUGCAAAAAGUCCGGCAAAUCCUGCAGCGGUCGUUGUUCGAGUGUGAGCGAACCAUUGACACACCUGGUGUUCGCUGACAGUCAAUGGUUCCGACCAAACACCGAACAGCAGAUUACGGAUAUUCUGAAUGCCAACAAAGGAAAAAAGAUACGGUUUCUGCUCGGGAAUACUGCGCAUGGUGUGUACAGCGACCAGAGCCCCGACAACUAUGAUGUGAUAAUGGACCUCACUUCCUUUCGGGAAAUGUACGACAUCUCGUUUGACACGGACAUUGUCCUCGGGGGUGGCCUGACUCUCACAAUGCUGGUGGAUAUAUUCACGAGGAUGACACAGGAGGCUCCCUACUUCGGGGAAUGUGCGAACCUGCUAAAACGCAUUGCCAAUCUUCCAGUUAGAAAUCGGGCCACGUGGUCAGGAAAUCUGAUGCUAAAAUACGUGCAUCGUGACUUUCCUAGUGACAUUCUGGUUCUUCUGCAAGUUCUUCGAGCCAGGAUUUGGACAGAUUUUGAUGGAAACGACGUAUCAAUUAGUGACUUUCUUUCCACGGACCUUACUGGAAAACUGGUGUUUAUGUUCUCCUACACCGAGCUGGAUGAUGUUGACCAUAUCAAAUUCUACAAGGUCACACCGAGAGUACAGAACGCCCACUGUUAUGUGACUGGUGGUUUCCGAGUGAGGAUGGACAAGGGAAGCUUUGUCCUGAAAGAAACGCCUGUCAUUGCCUACUCGGGAAUUGGAGCACAGUUUGAUAGAGCCAUCAAAACGGAAGCUUAUCUGAACGGCAAGAAUAUAGCGGAUGCUACAGUUCUCAAAACUGCUCUGUCAACCCUGGCAGGCGAGAUCAAGGCAGACUCCUCUCCUGUCCUAUCCAGCGCCACUUACAGAACAAAUCUUGCCCUGGCACUCUUCUACAAAUUUGUUUUGAACCUGGUCGGCGUGGAGGCAGGACUGCCCUACCGGUCAGGAGCUUCGGAGCUGUACUGGACUAGGCCCAUAUCCUCGGGAGUGCAGACAUACGACACCGUUCCUGUUGAAUACCCGGUCACACAGCCACUGAAGAAACUGGAAGCAAAUGCACAGGCGACAGGCGAGGCCGAAUAUGUGGACGACAUGCCUGCCUACCCGGGCCAGUUAGAGGCUGCCUUUGUAUUGAGCACUGUCGGAAGUGCAACCAUUCAGAAUAUAGAUUCUUCGGAAGCCCUGAAAAUGCCUGGUGUGAUUAGGGUUAUCACCGCUAAAGACAUUGUGGGAACGAACAAUUGGUUCCUACCCGGCCCUCCUGCAAGAGAAAUGUUGGCAAGCCAAAAGGUUGAAUACUGCGGACAACCAGUUGCAAUUGUCUUAGCCGCCGACUACGGAACAGCAUUGGGUGCAGUGUACGCUGUGAAAGUGACGUACAGUGGUGUCACGAAGCCAGUUCUCUCCCUUGAUGAUGCUAUUCAGCAGAAGUCGUUUUUCCCGAAGCAGUGCGAUGACCUUGUCGUCGGUGACCCUGAUGGUGCGAUUGCCCAGUCUGCAAAGAAGUUAUCUGGCACAAUCUCCAUGGGGCAUCAGUAUCACUUCCACAUGGAAACACAGGCGAGCGUGUGUGUCCCUAAGGAAGACGGUAUGGACGUGUACACGACUACACAGUGGAUCGACUUUGCCCAGUCUUCCAUAUCGCAGGUCACCGGGAUGCUAAAGAGCAGUAUCAAUGUCCAAGUAAAACGUUUAGGCGGGGCUUAUGGGGCGAAGAUCACACAGAACAAUUGGAUUGCCGCUGCAUGCGGUCUCUCAGCUUUCCUCACAAACAGGCCAGUGAAACUGAGACUUACACUGGGAGACAAUAUGAAGAUGUUGGGCAAACGUUACCCCUUUAGGGCUGACUACCAGGCGGGUUUCACAGACGCAGGUCAGCUGAACGCCGUCAAGGUGACUUACUACGCGGACUGUGGCGUCAGUGCAAAUGAUAACUCACUUCCUUCCAUGCAGACGUGGGCUAACAACGCGUAUGCCUGCAACAACUGGUCGAUUGACUGUGUGGCCGUCAAGACCAACACUCCGGCUAACACUGCUGCUAGGUCGCCAGGAUCCCUUCCUGCGAUAUUCAUCAUGGAGACCAUCAUGGAACACGUGGCCAAGACUGUCGACAAAGAUCCUACUGAUGUCCGUAUCCUCAAUCUUUUUAGUAAUGGAGCGGUGGACCCGUUAACGAAGAUGCCAUUAACCGACUGCCAGCUGCAGACGCAGGUUCCCGGCUUAAUGUCUAGUGUGGGCUACGCUGACAGGAAGACAGCGGUGGAGGAUUUCAAUAAGACAAACCGUUGGAAGAAGAAGGGCCUGUCUGUGGUGCCACUCAAAUUUGGCAUAGACUGGCGGGGAGUUAGGUACGGGAGUCAGGUAGCAAUAUUCUGGCCCGAUGGCACAAUCGCAAUCACGCACGGAGGAAUCGAGCUUGGCCAGGGCGUUAAUACAAAGGCUGCGCAGGUUUGCGCCUACGAGUUGGGAGUUCCCAUUGACCUUAUCAAGGUGAAGGCCACCAACUCGAAUACCACCGCCAACAGCAUCACCACUGGUGGAAGCAUUACCUCAGAAAAUGUGUGCGCGGGAGUGAUAGAAUGUUGUAAGGUUCUGAACGCUCGUCUAGCUCCUGUUAAGGCCAAGCUCCCUGAUCCAACUUGGCCCAACGUCAUUGAGAAAUGCUACCAGGAUGGCAUUGACCUCACAUCAAGAUACUGGCGGAAUCCGGCACAAUCGACACCGUUUCAGUACUACUCAUACGGUGCUACCGUAACGGAAGUGGAUUUUGACGUCCUCACGGGAGAACAUACAAUCGCAAGGGUAGACAUUCUCUUCGACUGCGGACAAAGCACAAAUCCUGCCUUAGACGUUGGGCAGGUAGAGGGCGCGUUUGUGAUGGGCCUUGGCUACUGGCUCACGGAGCAGCUGCGCUUUGACCCAGAGACUGGGGCUCUAGUCACUGACAGCACUUGGGAAUACAAGCCACCUUCUUCGAAAGACAUUCCUGUCGACUUUCGUGUGAACUUGGUGAAGAAAAAUCCAAACCCAGCAGGGAUCCUUGGCGCAAAAGCGGUUGGGGAGCCGCCGCUGUGUAUGAGCUGUUCAGCACUGUUUGCUAUCAAACACGCCAUCCAGGCUGCAAGAAAGGACAUCGGCAAAGAUGACACCUACUUCCCGCUCAAUGGACCUGCAACACCGGAAUUGUGCCAACUUGCUUGCUUGACCGACCCAUCCCAGUUCGCAUUGACCGUUACUCGUUGAUGUGUUUAAAUUUAUAUUUCGCUGUGGAGUUUACUUGUUUGUUAACGGUUAAUACUUCGAUUUGAGCAAAAUAAAUCUUAAAUGAGUGCAAUAAUUCACAUAUUUAUGGUGCUAAACGAUGAUGUCCAUGAUAUUUAUGAUUAGUUCUAUACAAUUUAUCGGUAUCAAUAAUUGUGAUGUUAUUAAUACUGUGAAUAAGACUGGCGUUUUGUAGACGUUUCAGAAGUUGGCUUCAGAAAGAAAGGUCAAACUUAUACGGGGUUACCAGAGGAAAUGGAGCAUAAACAUUUGCAACUGAAAAAGCUUGAAAAGUUUUGUAAAUGGUUUCAUGGUUUUGAUUUGCUUUUUUCUGUUGCUAUAUGAUAAGUUAAUAACAUGAUUUCGAUUUUUUAUUAAUUUUGUUUUGUUUAUCACAUUAAACGUUUCUGAUUGAUUUUUUUUUAAAAUAAGCUACGUAAUACUUAUUUUAUUGUAUGUAACUUUAAUUAGACAUAAACAUUGUUUUAAUUUAUGUCUUUUUUUACAUUGUAAAAAUGAAAUGAUUUUUGUGCUCAUGUAAUUUAUAUUUAUUCCAAUCCUUCGAUUGAAGAGUGAUUUCAAUAAUACAUUUGCAUGAACAUUGGCUUGCACUGUUGCCAAAGUAUC